CUCCGACGUGGGCGCUGCAGGGGACGCGCCGGCCCCGGUCCGGGACAAGGAUGGAGACGCCAACGUGGGGAGCAGCCACUGGGAGCUGAGGUGCCAUCGCCUGCAGGACUCUCUGUUCAGCUCUGACAGUGGCUUCAGCAACUACCGAGGCAUCCUGAACUGGUGUGUGGUGAUGCUGAUAUUAAGCAAUGCGCGGUUAUUUUUAGAGAACCUCAUCAAGUACGGCAUCCUGGUGGACCCCAUCCAGGUGGUGUCGCUGUUCCUGAAGGACCCCUACAGCUGGCCGGCCCUGUGCCUAGUGCUAGCGGCCAACGUCUUUGCGGUGGCUGCGUUCCAGGUGGAGAAGCGCCUGGCGGUGGGCGCCCUGACGGAGCGCGCGGGCCUGCUGCUGCACGCGGCCAACCUGGUCACCAUCCUCUGCUUCCCGGCGGCCGUGGCCUUCCUGGUGGAGUCCAUCACUCCAGUGGGCUCCGUGCUGGCCCUGCUGGUGCACACCAUCCUGUUCCUCAAGCUCUACUCCUACCGCGACGUCAACCUGUGGUGCCGCGGCGAGCUGUUCUUCACCCAGCUGCAGGUGGGGCUGAUCCAGCAGUGGAUGGUGCCCACCGUCCAGAACUCCAUGAAGCCCUUCAAGGACAUGGACUACUCCCGCAUCAUCGAGCGCCUCCUGAAGCUAGCGGUCCCCAACCACCUCAUCUGGCUCAUCUUCUUCUACUGGCUCUUCCAUUCCUGCCUGAACGCUGUUGCUGAGCUUCUGCAGUUUGGAGACCGGGAGUUCUACCGCGACUGGUGGAACUCAGAGUCCGUCACCUACUUCUGGCAGAACUGGAACAUCCCUGUGCACAAGUGGUGUAUCAGGCACUUCUACAAGCCCAUGCUCCGCAGGGGCUUCAGCAAGUGGGUGGCCAGGACAGGGGUGUUCCUGGCCUCAGCCUUCUUCCAUGAGUACCUGGUGAGCAUCCCUCUGCGCAUGUUCCGGCUCUGGGCCUUCACUGGCAUGAUGGCGCAGAUCCCGCUGGCCUGGAUCGUGGGCCGCUUCUUCCGGGGCAACUAUGGCAAUGCGGCUGUGUGGCUGAGCCUCAUCAUCGGGCAGCCUGUGGCGGUGCUCAUGUAUGUCCACGACUACUACGUGCUCAACCACGAGGCGCCUGCCGGCACCUGACCACAGCAUCAGGAUUGGGCCUCACGUGCUGCAGGGACCCUCCCACCCUGCACCUCACUCCUGCCCCAAGAAGCUCUCUGCCCCUAUGGGGCUCCCUCCUGCUCCCCUUGGGGAUGUACAGACCUGGUACAGCUGGGCCAGCAGGAGCCUGCCCCCAGCCAAGGGUGCCAAUAAAGCACUGUCCAGAGAC